CAGACGCGACGUCUCGUGCGCCUGAUAAAUGCGCGGCCCCGUUACCGGGCUCCUCGGCUGGCCAGCAAGAUGAGCUCGUGGGUCUCGCUGCUCGUGCUGCUGCUGGCGGCGUGCGUGCGGUUUGGAGCCGCGGAGGGGGACCCCCUCCCUGCUGCUUUAGUGGAGCUGGUGAGGUCGAGUUCCAUCUCCUCCAUAGAGGACCUGCAGCUGCUGCUGUUCAGUGACUCCGUAGAGGAGGAUGCAGACGGGCAGUCUACUGAUGGGCAGCACGCCAAUGCCUCUUACAUACGCCUGCCACGGAGCCUGGAGGCCCAGCCGGCGCAGCAGGCCCAGUGCAAGGUGCGUACGGAGGUGACGGAAGUGACCCGCGGGAUGCUGGACCGCAGCAACGCCAACUUCCUGUUGUGGCCGCCGUGUGUGGAGGUGCAGCGCUGCUCAGGGUGCUGCAACACCAAGAGCCUGCAGUGCACACCUGUGCUCACACACACACGCUACCUACAGGUCAUGAGGAUUCAGUACAUCAACAAGCGGCCUCAUUAUGAUAAGGCCGUGGUUUCCGUUAGCGACCAUGUGGAAUGCCGCUGUGAGCCCGCCCCUCGCUCCUCUGGCGGCUCCAAGAAGAAGCACAGGCAAGGGCACAAGGAGCGCGUGGGCAAGAGCCACACUAAGGAGGAGCUGCAUCGUCAGGACCAGCUGAAGCAAAACCAGCGCGUGCAGCUGCAGGACCUGCUGAAGGGGUCGCCGUGGCAACACGACGGCGGCGCCGCCCCGAAGACGCCCCUCAGGUGGGACGAGACGCGAGCGGACUUCCUGCUUCCCGACAGAGUGCAUCAUGGGAAAGGGCAGCAGCGGCCGGCGGAGGGGCAUCAUAACAAGACUGGCUCACGCGGGGAGUCUGGGGUCAGAGGUCAUCGCCACGGGGACGGCGAGGGAGGGUGGGGUCAACGCGGCGACACGUUCGUCGCCGUCGAGAGUUCUACCGGCCGCUCGCAGCACCGUCCAAAGACUCCGUCGGACGGAGGUGGACGAGGGGUGGAGACACAGAUCCACCAUCCAAUACAGCACCGCUACGACCUGAGCAAGAUGGCCGCCACAGCCAAUCAGAAGCACACGCACAGCCACGGCAUCAGCCAAUCAGCCAAUCACAGUGCGGUGCACAACUUAAGCCCCGCUCACAGGCUUGAGCUCAACCAAUCAGAGUACGACAAUCAGAAUCAGAAAGCCGUGCGCACCAAUCGGACUGAUGGACAGAGACUCGGCCCCACGGAGGUGACGAAUCAGAGCGGAGAGCGUAAGAACAAUCCCACGCUGGGAGCCAAUCAGGCGACGGAGCAGGGGCCCGCCCCCACGGAGCUGACCAAUCACAGGCCCACGGGGAACGAGACGCCGGACUCGGAGAGGAGGCGCGAGGGGGGACUGCAGGAGGCGCGGGAGACGCUGGAGGAGGAGAAGAGGGAGCUGCUGUUGCUCCAUCGCAGGCUUGAUGAGGAGAAGCAGCUCCUCAAACAGCAGCGGGGGGAGGAGGAGAAGAAGGAGGAGGAGGAGGAGAAGGAGGAGGAGGAGGAGCUCCACAUCCAACACACACCCACACAGCAUCACAGAACCACUAUCAGGACAGACACUACUGCUCCGGCAUCCACGGCAACCAGCACCACCGCGUCCAUAGCGACGACCACCGCCGCGUCCAUGACAACGACCGCGGUGACGACAACAACAACAACAACGGCGGCGGCAGCGCCAGUCCAGCGGCCCCGAGCGCCCCCCCGCCCCCCUCCCCCCCGCCCCCACCCCCCCAAACGCAGGAGGAAGCACAGGCACCGCAUCAGCAAGGCAGCCAUGAGAGCCAUGCUCAUGUAGACACACACACACACACACACUACGGACGCUGCCUGGUGACCCGGUCCGGUCCGGUUGGGUCCAGUCUAGCCCGGUCCUGGAUGGGCUCGGAGGCAGAGAGGCGCUGGGGGCUCUGGGGGUGUGUGUGUUUUCAUGUUCAUGUCGUCCACUUGUUUCAUGUGACCUGAAGUGACCUGCCCAACAACAGCACUAACACGCCUCUGCUUGGCCCCCCUAAUCGGACGUCCAGACGUCCAGAGGCAGGGGGCACUCUGUAGUUUUGGAUGAAACCUUCCCUGCGAGGCAGUGUAAACAAUGAACUACAACUCCCAUGAUCCUCUCUAUGAAACUGGAACACUGGAAUGUUUGCAGUGGCUGAAGAAUGCAGCAGGUUCCGUUUCGCCUCCCUCAGCUGAUGAUGGGACGUGAAAUAGACACAGGAGGUCAACCCUGAGGAACAGAUGCAUCAGCCUCCAAUGUUAGAGUGUUGGAGACUAGAAACGUGCUUCAUGCCAUUAAAGUCAAAUCAGUUCAAUUCAAACAUCACCGUCUAACAACACUCAUGGACUCGUCGUUGACUUUUCAUGUCUUUUCUGUCUCUGCCCACUCUGUCUGUCCACUCUGCCUAAUAUGACCACAGCCAAUCAGAUCUAACAGAGCACAUCAUAUGGCUGCCAGACCUGAGCAGAGGAUGAGGAUGUCAUGGAUGCAUUUUGACUAAAGUGUUUGUCUGAUCGGGGAUCAAUUGCUUUGGACUUUUGGACUCUGGAAUUUCUUCCUCAAUGUGUAUGCGUAGACAUGCUGCAAUCAUGACGGACAAAAAGGGUGAAAGGGAAAAACAUAUUAUAAGACGUAAUUCGUAAUAUACAUACAUUAUGCAUAACAUAAGCCUAAAGAUAAACAUAAGUGUAAACUUA